AACAAUACUAACGUCUUGCUCAAAAGCUCAAACACACGGUUUAAUAAAACAAAAACGCAAAAUGGAGAAAAUUUUAAUUAAAAAAAUAUAAAAAUUUAAGGAAAAAAAAAACAACAAAAACGAAAAUAAAUAAAAUUUAAAAGCAUAUUUAACAUAAAACGAAAAAAUAACCAAAAAAUAUUGAAAAAAUUUUAGAAUAAGUGCCAAAAUUUUGUAGUUUUCUAAAAAAAAGAAAAAAAUAUGAAUAAAAACAACAGCAUCAUAAUUAUUUAAAAUUUAUCAAAAAAAAAAAAAACAACUAAAAAAUUAUGUAAAUUUUUGAAAUGCAUUUGAACAUAAUUUAUCUAUAAUCUAUGAUUAAUCAAGUUAACAGCUAUAAAAAUUAUAUAAAAAUAAAAUUUAACUAAGUUUAACAUUUAAUUGAAAGCCUGUUUUUUUUUCGUAUAACAAUUUUGAAUAAAAUUUUCAGUUGAAUAGUUUUUUUCUUUAAAUCUUUUAAGUGUACUUGUGUGUUUUUCGUGUUGUUAUUAUUGUUGUAUUUAAAUUUUAGUUAAAUUGAAUAAGUACAAGUAUUUACGAGAGCUACUUAAUCAUAAUAAUCAUCAGUCAUCCAUCUAUACUACUGCAUAUAUACCUUGGGGUGUAUUUAUUUCUUGCUUUAAGAUGGAACAGUAAACGGUUGGAAGAGCUUAACAAACAACAAACGCUGAAUAUAAAUGAAAUGUCUCUUUAAAAACUUGACAUACGAAUGCAAGUUUUUAUGGCCGCAAUUAAAUUUUAUGUUUCAACAUUUAACCAACGUUUUAAAAUAAUAGAAAAAAUCAAAUUGAAAUUGUAAAGGAAACCCAAAAAUAUCAAUGGAAAAUACAAGAUAAAACCGAAACCCUCUCUGCAAGAAAACAUACAAUAAACAUGCAAUUUUUAAAUCACUAAAACGUGUUUGUUUAUCCGCCAAAACGUAUGCAACAAAAAACGAAAGAGAAAAAACCGAUACUUGCUGCUGCAGCUCUCUUACCGUGAGCAUGUCAGCCAUUCCAUUAACCCAGAACAACAACAAACAAUAAUAAUCAAAAAAUAAAAACCCCAAGAAUUUUCCAAAUUUUAAACUGAAAUAAAACGGAAAUCCACAAAAAACAAUAUUGCACCACAAUCAUAAAUACACACAGACACACACACGGAUACACAAAACACACAUCUACCGCCAGCUAAACUUUUGCAUGUGUGUAAGAAGUGCGGUCUGCAACAGCAACAACAAAAGCAACAUUCAGCAAUAGCGCUAAGCAAGUCAUCCAACCAUUAUGUCGUUUACAGAUGACGAUGUUGCGGAAGUGCGUCAUGUGGUGCAACGGAUAUUGGUGCCAUGUGUUUUUGUUAUUGGUCUUUUGGGAAAUUCUGUUAGCAUUUAUGUUUUGACAAGGAGACGCAUGAGAUGUACCACAAAUAUAUAUUUAACGGCUUUGGCCAUAACGGACAUUAUUUAUUUGACCAUGGCGCUGUUGUUAUCGUUGCAACAUUAUAACUACGUGCAUCUUUAUUGUAAAAUCUAUUGGAUGUGUUAUGGCGUGGUGGUGUGGCUGUGUGAUGCCUGCUCCUACAUAUCCAUAUAUAUCGCUGUGUGUUUUACCAUCGAACGAUUUAUAGCGAUACGUUAUCCAUUGAAACGUCAGACUUUUUGCACCGAAUCGUUGGCCAAGAAAGUUAUUGCAGGUGUGACCCUCUUUUGUUUAUUAUCCACCAUUUCAACAGCCUUCGAGCAUCAACACGGUAUUGAGUAUCGUAUGAUGGAUAAUCGUGGCCAGACAUGUAAUCAAACUGUAGCCAAAGCUUAUGCGAUACAGCAACAUAAAAAAUACCAACAACAAUUACAGCUACAGCAGCAGCAACAACAACAACGGCAUCAUCCGCAACAUCAACAAGAAAUGCCAUUAAAAGAUAUGGAGAAAUUUGUAGAAUUUCUUGAUGAAACUGAAGGCAGUGGCGAACGUAAUGAUCGGGAAUUUAUUUUAACAAAUGAAAUGAAUCUAUUGCAAAGAUUGUCCAGGUUGAGUAGAGAAAUAGAAGAUGAAGAAGAAGGCACAGCAGAACACAAGAGGAAAAGAAGUGUGGAUUUAAAGCAUGAGGAAAUUAAAACAUUGACAUCCAGAACUUUAACAAACAUUCCUUCACAUUUAUCAAUAACGUUGACAUUAUCAUCAUCCUCCUCGCCGUCUUCGCCAUUGGCAGCAGCAUCACUAGUGAUGGAGCCAGCGGUAACACAGCAGCCUCUGCACAGUGAAGCCUUAUUAAUGGAUACAACAGAAUAUGAAAUGCAUGCAGAUAACUUAGAGUUGAUGUCGUCGUUGGCUAGACCAACAUCACCACCAUCACCUCUAUCCACAUCACCGCCGCCAGCCUUAGUUCCCUUGCAGCAAAUGGAUUUGAAUGCCUGGGAAAAUGAUACGGAACCCCAAAUGGUGGAAGAAAUGUUCUUUAAUAUCACAGAAUUUUGUGAAAAUGUAACUUAUUAUAAUCACCAGCCGACCGCUUUGGGAGAUGAUGAUUUCUAUAUAAAUGUUUGGUAUUUCGUUACAUUGUGCGUAUUUGUGCUGAUACCGUUGUGUGUGCUGGUGACAUUUAAUUGUUUUUUAAUUAUGCUGGUAAGACGUUCCACUACUAUAAGGGGAGAGAUGACAAAUGCCAGUAGUAUCAGGAGACCGAAGCGCAAAUCUACAUCAUCUUCUGUGUCCCAAGAGAAUCGUGUCACCAUUACCUUAAUUGCUGUCGUUCUACUAUUCAUCAUUUGUCAAUUACCGUGGGCAGUUUAUUUGGUUGUCUCUUCGCAAAUCGAAAUCGAAUCUCAUUUACAAGCUGUAUUUGGCAAUAUAUUCAAUUUCUUGGCAGCCACAAAUGCGGCAGCAAAUUUUUUCUUAUACUGUGUCUUAUCCGAUAAAUACCGAAAGACCAUACGAGAAAUGAUAACGGGCUAUAGAUACAAGCAGCAGCGUAAUACAUUGACCACCACAAGUCUGUAUACGAAUGGCAGUCGACGCAGCUAUAGGCCAGCCUCAUCAUCGAUGGUGAUUAAAUGAGUGGAAAUUGAAUUUGAAGAUAAUUUAUGGCAAAAUUUGAUGUUUUUAUAAUUAAGUUCCUUACGAAUGAAUGAAUGCAUGUAGGUGGUCAAGAGAUAGGAAAAAGUGAAAAGAAAAGAAAUGAAAUGUUUAAUGAAAGCAGAAAUUGUUAAAUAAAUAUUAAAGUUUUUUUUUUUAUUUUUAUGUAUAAAUAUGUGUAACUAAAUGUGAAAAUAUUAUUAAAUAAAUGUUAUGUAAAUUGCUGGCUAAUAAGAAGUUUUGUAAUACAAGUCUCUCAUUGAAAUAAAUCAUAAAUUUUAAAUAAUUGUGCCAUUAUGUGAUCCUUGUAGGAUAGAAAUUAUUAAAAUAAAUAUAAAACUUUAUAUGUUUAAUUAAUAUUUAUAAGAAUAAUAUUAUGUUUAAUUAAUAAAACUAUUGUUUAAGCUUAUUUAAGUCUUUAAAACUAAAUUGUAGCUUAUUAAAUUAGUAAAUAAAUAACGAUUUGUAAAUAAAUUUA